CUCUUGACCACGGGACGUGAUCUCCAGCCAAAGAUCUGCUCCUCAGGCACGAGACCAAAGCAGAUUGAAGUGGCCACAGCAGCCACCACCCUCUUUCUCCUGGCAAGUCUGGGGCCCCUGUGUGCUGGAGCUCCUGCAGCAGCACUGUCCCAAGGAACAGCAGGAGGAGGUGUUGGGAGAAGGAGAAGGUGGCCACCCAGAGCAGGGUCAUUUGCUAUGGUGGAGACCAACACAACGAACCUCUCUCUGACCUACAUGACUUCUGGAUAUGCAGCUUCACAGGCAGUUAAUCGAUCUCAGUGCAUGACAGGAAACAAUAGGGUGUUAAUAACUUCAAGUGUCUGUGUUGGGAUUUGCCUGUGUGGACUUGUGGGCAACAUGAUGGUCAUGUGGUUCGUGGGCUUCCAAUUGAAGAAGAGUCCCUUCACCGUCUACGUCCUGAAUCUGGCCGUCGCUGACUUCUCUCUGCUCCUGUUCCUUCUUGUUAGGCUUAUAUUGCAUAUUAUUUCAACAGUCUAUUGCAUUGUCUCCUUCCAAUACCGCCUGACCAAUUUUAUCCUGAUGGAUCUCUUUCUCUUUUGGUACUUUGCCAGCAUGUAUCUCCUGUCGGCAAUGAGCAUGGAGAGGUGCCUGUCCGUUUUGUUCCCAAUCUGGUACCGCUGUCACCGCCCAAAGCGCUUGUCAGGCAUCCUGUGUGGGGUUCUCUGGGCUCUCGCUGGACUUUUUGUUUCUUUGGUUUUCAUCGGCUGUUAUAUCCCUUUGCCUAUAAGCUGUGAACGCCUAUUGCAAGGCAUAAGCAUUGUCAACUUUCUCAUUUUCUCUUUAUUCCCAUUCGUUUCCAACAUCUCCCUGUACCUCAAACUCCAGUGUGGCUCCCAGAGACGACACCUGGGGAAACUCUACGUUGUGGUCCUUCUCAGUGUAAUCUUCUUGUUCAUCUUUGGCUUUCCGCUCACUGUGGUGGUUUUCCUUGAUCCUGUUUAUUUAAACCUAUUUUACCUCCACAUUUCUUACCUGCUGGCAUCAAUGAACAGCAGCAUCAACCCCAUCAUUUAUUUCCUGGUGGGGAGCUGCCAGCAGCGACGAUUCCACAGCUCUGCAAAGGUCGCCUUCCGCCAAGUGUUUGAAGAGAAAGCAGCGAGCGAGGAGGGGAGCCAUGUGCCUGGGGACACUGUGAUGGAGACUACUCCAUAAGAACCUACUGGUGAGGACACCUGGAGCCUCACAGGCAGCCUGGGGGGUGGAGGAGCCUGGGGACACAUGGCACAGACCCAGCACGGCACCGAACCGCCGGGGUUAGUCCCAGCACAUGGACCGUGUUCCCUUUGCAAUAACGCUCAUUGUUCUG